CAAAAUGGCCGCUGCGUCAGGCGUGUGUGGAGACUGUGUGCUUCAAAGAAGCCUUAGCAAACUCCUGACGGCUCCAUGUGGGUCUCUCAGAGUUAAAACCCAAGCAGAGGUGCUGUAUUUUAUUUCUCUUGAGCGCUAUGGGAGAGACCCGAACUUCGCCAUCCGUUUCCCGGACAGCAUUUCUCUGUCGGACAGUCUGUAUGAUGCUACUGUGACUGAUGCAGACUGCAGAGUGAGAGCGUCUCUGGACCCGAGUCUGAACGGACUGGUUCACAGGAAUAAGCUCCGCUGCGGCAGUGUGGUGAGAAAUGUCGUGUUCUCGGCUAGUGAGGAAGCCGAAGGGGACAGGAGGACAUUUCACAUCUGUAGCCUCGAUGUGGACAGUUCAGGUGGAAGCGACGCGGCUCUGCUGUCCCUGGCCUCUGUUCCUGUGGACUCCCUGCCAUGGGUGAUGGCCGAGGAGCCGAACCGAGCCCCCCUCAGAGCCCGCAGGAACACUUACCUCCCCCUGUGGAACAAUCACGACUUCAGCGGGGAAGCAUGGCGGCACACACCUCCCUCUGAGACAGGAGGCGAGGGCUCUGAGGAAGAGGAUGUGCUGGAAGAUGUAUUGCCGGUAGUGUCUCUAGCAGAACUCCGCCGGCGCUUCCUGAGUGGCUCACUGCGUCGCAGAGGAGCUCUGUGUGUGCGGAUUCUGCACAAAUCCAGGCUGAUGUAUUAUGGGAGAGCAGAGCAGAGCAGCGAAUGCCCAUACAAGGCCGAGUUACAGGUCGCUGACGGCUCAGUGAGUGUGCGUGUGGUGCUGUGGAACAGUGUAUGCUUAGACUGGUACCGUUGCCUGCAGCCUGGUCAGGUUUUAAGACUGAGUCAGUACAGAGUGAAGGACAGCUACAGCAGCCACAGUGGACAAGAUGCAGAGCCAAAUAUUGAGAUCAGCCUAAACUCCAGAAAUCCUACUGCUAAAGUUGCCAUCAUUCCAAAGCAGCAAGUUUUACCUGAAUGGGGUUUACCAGACCUGCCACAUAACUUCCUCUGCGGGCAUGAUCUACAAAGUUCUCCUCAGAGCACCAUCUGUGAUGUUAUCGGCGUGGUUGUUUUUGCGGGACGACAAGAACGAAUCAGGAGUAAGGAUGGACGGAGGUCAGAAUUCGAAGAGUACCGAUGGCUCCAGUUGGAAGAUGGGACCACAGAUCAGCGAAUCACCAUCAAGCUUUUUUCAACAUCCCAGCCAGACAUUCAAAGCCGAAUCCAUCCACUGGCACUGGUUGUCUGUACGAGGCUCAAGCUAAUAAGAAAUACAGUUGGCAGUGCUACAACUUUUGAGUAUCUGAGCAACACUUCAUUUACCCAGGUGUACUGCACAGGCACUGGCUCCCGCCCUGUGAUGCCAUACAGAGGGAUCCGUCCAGUCCGACAGUUCCUGCAGUGGUUGAAACAAGUGGAUGAGGCGAACAUGUUGGACAGGGCUGUGAUUGGAGGAUACUUCAGCUAUCCUCCCCUGCCUAUUUCUCUACAAAGCUUUAUGGAAAACCAACAAGAUGAUGCAGGUCUGAUUAGUGGGGGAGAAAUGAAACUGCAGUGUGACAGGCUGCAUUACAGAGAGAGACAACGCUUCGUUGUUCAGUGCACCAUCACUGCAGCCCGCUACCACAGCAGACAGGAUACGACGAGAAUACAGAAUUCUGACCCAUUGACAGCUCAACUUAGUCCCAGAGUGCCAAGACAAAGAGAAGGGUCUGACCCUUUUAAAACUCCAGCAAAGAGGAAAUUGCUUUUUACCACUGGCACUUCCAGCAGCAGCUCCAGGAAGAGGUUGGCUCCACCUUUUCAACAAACAUCAACAGAGGAGGAUGCAGAGAAUGAUUUCUCUCUGUUUGAUGGAGCUAUGGAAUUUCUGGUUGGAGAUGAUGAUGACGACGACGACGACGAUGAUGAAGACUUUUCCACGCCACCAAGUAGCCCUAUGCGGUGCCACCUCGGUAUGCCUCAUGUUGCCCUCGAGACAUUACCGUGGAGCUUCUGUUAUGAACGACGACACGUCCAAGCAGCAGCUGUGGGAAUGCAGACCAACAAUUUCCACAGACUCCUUCCACACAGAGAGCUGGAGUCCUUCAGCCCUGCCCAUUGUUACACUGGUUACUUCAGCUUAACAGUGAGAGUUCUAUCAGAUGGAGUGAUGCUGGAUGCCAUUUUCUUCCCUGCCACUCCUGGGAACUUGCACUGGAAGCCCCUCCCCGUGACACAUGACAAUACAUGGGAGUCUGUCCUUUCACAUGGUGGCUUCUCUUCACAUGCUCCACCCCCAAGCCCAGCUGAUUUGAUUGCCACUGCGGCACAGCUGACGAAUCAGAGACUGGUGUGUGUGCUGGAGGCAUGUGCGCUAGGUGGAGAUAAAGUAGAACUCAUCCUAAACCGUGCUUUUGCCCUAAGGAGCUGACUGUACGUGACAAAGCAGAGAUCACACCAGACAAGCUGAAGUCUUUGAGAAUUGUAGAAGCACAGACACAAUGUGUCACACUCGCAUUUCUGCGCUUUUUUUUUUUUUAAUUACAUUCUUGGAUUCUUAAAUAUAAAUAUGGCUACAUUUUGUGCAUUUUUAAACGUUACCAUUUUCACCUGUGGGUGUGUAGUAUUUGCAAAUGCACCAAUUUCAUUAAAAAUAUUUUAUAUAAAAAUUACAUAAAAUGCCAUUUAUAUUUAAUGAAUUCUUCUAAGUAUUGAUUCUGACUUCUACUGCUAAUAUCUGCAGAGUACAAACUAAUGGCAGAAAUAACCCGAGCUCUUGGUCUGAGUGGACCAUUUCUAAUACCCUUUUUUUUUUUUUUUUUUUUUUAAAUAACAUUACGUUUUUUUCCC